AUGAAAGGAGGGUUCGAAGUGGUUCAUGCGACUCUAGAUAUGAUCCAGCCUCAUGAACCGAUAUGGGACUUUGCCUCUGUUGGGUUUCCAACAACGAGUGUCAGCUCCAUCCCGAGACAAGCAGUUGAAAAUCGUUGCUCAAACUUGGAGAGAAAUGAGCUCUCUGAGUGGGUGGAACAAGUCACCAAGCAGCUCAUUGAUGACUUGCCAGCUGAGACCGAAACCGAUAGCAGCUUGCUAGCUGACACGUCAAUGGUAUGCGAGGAUAGCUUUGCCCCAUCGCCGUUGGGUGAUUUUAGGGCAAGGAAAACAGUAAGAAGAAGUUUUUUGGAUGGCAGUGGUGAAGAGAACCAAUGGAGCAACGAGCAAGGAAACCAAACAAAUAACUUUUGUGAAAAUGGAGUGAAUGGUAGAGGGUUAAGUAGGUUAGACGAGCAAGGGUUAAGCUUGAUAACGCUUCUUUUGGAGUGUGCUGUUGCUAUCUCGGUUGACAAUCUUGGGGAAGCUCAUAGAAUGUUGCUUGAACUGACCCAAAUGGCUUCUCCUUACGCUCCUUCUUGUGCUGAAAGGGUUGUCGCAUAUUUUGCCAAGGCCAUGUCUAGUAGGGUUAUUAACUCAUGGUUAGGGAUAUGCUCUCCUUUGAUAAACUAUAAAAGCGUUCAUUGCUCCUUCCAAGCCUUCAACAACGUCUCUCCCUAUGUCAAAUUCGCUCACUUCACCUCCAACCAAGCCAUCCUUGAGGCUCUCCAUAGGCGAGAUAGAGUUCACAUCAUAGACCUUGACAUCAUGCAAGGCUUGCAAUGGCCGGCCCUGUUUCAUAUCCUAGCCACGCGUAUUGAAGGGCCUCCGCACGUCAGGAUGACCGGCAUAGGCAAUUCAAUGGAGCUUCUGGUGGAGACCGGAAAACAACUUUCCAAUUUCGCUAAACGGCUUGGAAUGUCUUUCGAAUUCCACCCAAUCGCAAAGAAAUUUGGAGAAAUUGACAUUACAAUGGUACAAGUCCGAAGGGGAGAGACACUAGCUGUUCACUGGCUACAGCAUUCACUAUAUGAUGCCACGGGACCUGAAUGGAAGACAUUGAGACUGUUUGAGCAAUUGGCUCCAAGAGUGAUAACAUUGGUUGAGCAAGACCUCUUCCAUGGUGGAUCUUUCUUGGACCGUUUUGUGGGCUCUCUCCAUUACUAUUCAACCAUGUUUGAUUCACUUGGGGCGUAUCUGCCAGCUGAUGACCCUAGCAGGCACCGCAUCGAGCAUUGCCUUUUGUAUAGGGAAAUCAAUAAUAUAUUGGCAAUAGGAGGCCCUGCAAGAAGUGGGGAGGACAAGUUCAAGCAUUGGAGAAGUGAGCUUGCAAGGAAUUGCUUUGUGCAGGUGCCAAUGAGCAGCAACUCCAUGGCUCAGGCACAACUAAUAUUGAACAUGUUCCCUCCUGCUCAUGGGUAUAGCCUGGUGCAAGGAGAUGGAACACUUAGACUUGGAUGGAAAGAUACUAGCUUGUUCACUGCUUCUGCUUGGACAUCACAAGCCUCUAGAUAG